AAGGAGUUGGAGGAGGUGAAGGAGUUGAAGAAUGAGGAGGUGAAGGAGUUGGAGGAGGUGAAGGAGGUGAAGGAGGUGAAGAAUGAGGAGGUGAAGGAGUUGAAGGAGGUGGAGGAGGUGGAGGAGGUGGAGACAGUCGGAGCCGGCGGGCCGCUCCGUGAGAAACGCGAUCAGGAUGAAGAGGUGAAGGAGUUGAAGGAUGAAGAGGUGAAGGAGUUGAAGGAUGAGGAGGUGAAGGAGUUGAAGAGUGAGGAUGUGAAGGAGCUGAAGGAGCUGAAGGAGCUGAAGAAUGAGGAGGUGAAGGAGUUUCGGAAUGAGGAGGUGAAUGUUGACAAAGAGGUGAAGGAGUUGCGGAAUGAGGAGGUGAAGGAUUUGAAGGAGCUGAAAAACGAGGAGGUGAAGGAGUUGAAGGAGCUGAAGGAGCUAAAGAACGAGGGGGCGAAUGAGUUGAAGAAUGAGGAGGUGGAGAAUGAGGAGCUGAAGGAGCUAAAGAACGAGGAGCUGAAGAAUGAGGAGGUGAAGGAGUUGAAGCAUGAGGAGGUGAAGGAGUCGUCCCCCUCGUCGAAGACGUCCACCUCGUCGAGAAGAGGUGGAGCGGACGAGGUGGACGGUGACGAGGAGGAGGAGGAGGAGCAGAGGGAGAGAGCCGAGGAGAACCUGGAGAAUACUUACAAUGGUGGAGUGGUGGUUGCUGUUCUUCUCUGCGCCUCUGCUGUGAUGACUCUGAUAUUGGCAAUGGCCAUUUACCUCCACAGAAGGGGACGCUAUGGAACUCUUCACGAGGAGGAGGACGGCGAUGAGAGAAGUCGACUCCACAACCACAACAACCCCGUCUAUGACGACACAGCCUAGACACCACGUGGUCUAUGACGACACAGCCUAGACACCACGUGGUCACACACACCACGUGGUCUAUGACGACACAGCCUAGACUCCACAACCACAACAACCCCGUCUAUGACGACACAGCCUAGACACCACGUGGUCUAUGACGACACAGCCUAGACACC